UUUUAAACUGAACCAACAAUGACCUCAAAGCUUGAUCGUGCUUUAGAUGAUGUUAUACAAGAAAGAAAGAAGGGAAGAAAUACUCAUCCAGGUCCACGUCGCCAAACAAGUCAUAUUCGUAAGCCUAAACGAUCAGAGCCUCCAGUCCGUUCGUUCAUUCGAACCAUAAAGAUUCAAGGCUCGAGUCAACGACGAGGUAAUGGGCCCAGAGAUGUCAAUAGUCCUUGGGCACACGAUAAAUUCCAAGAUGACGUUCCCAGUUCACUUGUGAUGUCACGACUUGGUUCUCGAACUAGCAAUGUCUCAAGAGGAGGAGGAGGAGUGGAGAUCACGAUUGAUAAUCUUCAUUACAACGUCACUGAAAAUGAUGUCCUUGAACUCUUUUCAACAGUCGGACAAGUCGAAAAAGCUCGUUUGUUCUAUGAUCGUUCUGGUCGCUCAACAGGUCAAGCUAAAGUACGAUAUGCUUCCAAUUCAGAUGCACAGAAAGCCAUUGAAAAGUUUAAUAAUGUCGAGCUUGAUGGUCAACCCAUGAAGAUUGAAGUCAGUCAACCUCCUGCACAUCGUUCGUCUCGCAGUGGUGGUAAUAACAAUAACAGCAAUCGUCGUCACGACAGAGGUCGCUCUGGAAGAACACCAAAAGAAAGAACAUCAAAAGACAAAACAGAAAAGACGGCAGAGGAACUUGAUAAAGAGAUGGAUAGUUAUAUGAAUCAAAAUGAAGAAAUGGCAUUGGAUUAAAGCAAUUGGUUUUAUUAUAUAUAAAAAUAUAAUUUGUCUCGUGAUCUAUAAUUUGUUUGGCAGCAGGAGUAACGGGGGAGUUUUUUUCGUAAAAACAAUGGUUUAUUAGGUAUCACCAGUGGGUGUAUACUUGCUGUAAAUAUGUGAUAUAUGUAUAGUAUGAAUUUGGG